AGAAAAAAAUGGAAAGGGAAAAGAAGAAGAGAUACGUUGACUAGCUAGAAAUCUCUUUUUUCAUCAUCGUCGUCUUCGCGUGGAAGAUGAAGCUUGAGUUCAUCGCGUGGUCGCUGAUCUUGUUCGCGUCAGCCAGCCUCUGCUUCCCGGGUGUCUCUGCUCGGCCGCAAUGCAAAGCCUGGCUCGUCCAGUCCAUCCCGACGGACAUGCCGGACCUCCCCCGAUUGCCCGGCGUCCUCUCCACCGGGGAUGUGUUUCAAUGGUUGGCCGGAAACUCUUCACACAAGCUGGACAUAAUAGCGCAGUACUGGCAGCUCGUUGCUAAUCCGAAAGAUCCUCGCUCGGGUGACUAUGGCUACUCUAAAAAUGAUAUGCUGCACUUUGGAGCUAAUGAAGGCCUUAGUGUUUACAGAGCCAUUGAAAGUGCUGCUGAUCGUAAUGUUUCGAUCAGACUUUUGCAGCAUUCUGGGGUAUAUCCUGACUAUACAAAGGAACCUGAAGACCUUGCUAAAGGCAGGUCGAAUGUGAAAACUGCGACCUUACUGUUUGAAAAAUGGUGGGGAUCAGGCAUAGUGCAUGCAAAGGUUUGGAUUUCAGAUCGUCGAGAUGUUUAUAUAGGAUCUGCAAACAAUGAUUGGAAGUCCCUCACUCAGGUAAAGGAGCUCGGGAUAUAUCUUGUUAACUGUCCACAAAUAGCAAAAAGGGUCGAAGCCUACAAUGAGAACCUUUGGAAACUCGCCUCUCUUAAUGCUUCAGAGAACACAAAGAUUGUGUGGGAUCAGCAAUGGCAGAUUAGCAGGAAAGUCCCUUGUUGGUCUCAUUUCAUCAACUGCGAGAAGAGGUGCAGUUCUCCUCUUCCUCGAUUUGUGGAGGUUCCCCAUGUGACGGGCUACCCAAUUCUAUCGGAUCCUCACAUGUUUCAUCUGCAAAUACAUACUCCAGGAUAUAAUUAUCCAGGAACCCCUCAGCCUCGUCAACUUAGUUGUCUUUCUUUUGCUCCCCCUGAGCUGUCGUUUGGGAAGUUCCAGGCUGAUGAACAGGCAUGGAUUGAUACUAUAAAAUCGGUAUCAAGUGGUGGGAUCGUGAGAAUCAGUACAAUGGACUGGCUCGGUCAGUCACAAUAUGCUAAGCAGACAGUUUAUUGGGCAUCCCUUUCCUCUGCCAUAUCUGAGGUCGUCUUCUCCAAGCAUGCGAAAGUGAAGAUACUGGUGGCAUACUGGGCCCAUUUCAUAGACAGCACUGACCUCUACCUGAAGUCCCUGCUCUACUCCAACGCUCUCUGCUCUUCCUCAAAAUACAACAAAUGCUCGGGCAAGGUUGAGAUCAGGUACUACAAGGUCCCAGGCUUCAACUCCACUGGUCCUGCAAAGGCCCGUAAUGGAACCAUUACCGGGAACAAGUAUCCUGGGUACACUCGGGUGAACCAUGGCAAGUAUGCUGUCACUGACGUGAGGGCCCACAUUGGGACGAGCAACCUCAUAUGGGAUUACUUCUACACGACUGCUGGGGUUAGCUUCGGCACGUAUAAUCCCAACAUUGUGUCCCAGCUCCAGGAAGUGUUUGAUGCUGAUUGGAACUCGCCCUAUGCCAUUCCGGUGCAAGGACUAGAGGAGGGGCACUAUUAUUCUAGCUGAGAGUCUUUUAAGUUUAUUCAUUAGUCCUUCAAAGCUUGGAUCUCUUCAAUUUGCUAUAAAUAGCUAAAUGCUGCAUAUACAGAAGUUCGUUUGGAGUGUCUGCGGUCUUGAAUGAUAUGGUCCGGACAAGGGCUGGAUUAAUAUCAAUCAACUAGCCGAUAAGUUUCCUUAAUGAGAAGAGUAUGUAAUUUUUAGUAAAAA